AUGACCUCGAAGGUUACUUGGGAUGCUACUAGGGAGGUUACUAGGGAGGUUAAUACCUCGUCCAGCAGCUCACAUAUAAGCGAAAUAGCCAUUACAACUAUUAAGGCUACCAUCGCUAUUGGUGAAAUGCUGCCGUUUGCAGCAGCCGCUUGUCAAAUAGCAAAAAAAAUUGUAGAAAUGGUAGAGACAGCUCAACGCCAUAAAGAAGUUUGUAAAGAUUUAUCGGAAAGAAUUAAAAGGACGACGAAAAGAAUAGAAGCAAAUCCGCCAACGAAAGAUUCGAGUAUCAUGAUCCAGGUUUCAUAUCAAAGCUAUAAACAGAUUUUAGACGAAGCUGCUCAAUAUAUUAGAGAUUUAAUUAAACCAGGGACUUUUAGUCAGAAAACUUUAAGAAGAAUUAAAUCCUUAGUAAAAUCGAAAGAUAUGUUAGAAUACCAUGCUGAUUUGAUUGGACGAUUAGAUGCAGCAAUUCAGGAUUUACAGUUGGAUCUUGCUUUCGAUACAAACAAAAAAGUUAACGAAUUAACUGUUAAAAUGGAUCAAAAUCUUGAUAUUUCGCACGAAAAUCUUGAUUAUGCGCGAGAAACGAGUUUCGAAGUGAAAAAGAUGGCAGCGAAAAUGGAGGUUGUCAGCAAUUUUGCUCAACUAGCAAUGUUAACAAAAGGCGCUGAUUUCAAAGAAGAAAGUAUAUAUGUCGACCCGUCAAGUGUUGAAGAAGAUGAUGAUGAUCCAGUAAUUAGAGGGAAAACUAAAAGAAUUAAAAAAAUGUUGUUCAACGGGAAAGACGAGGUAGCUGUACGUAAAGUGCAGCCUAGUGAUAAACAUAAAGCUUUGCGACAAGCAAUGAUUUUAAAUAGAUUGGGAGCCUGUAAAAAUAUAGAGAGCUUUAAAGGUUUGAUGAAAAAAAGUGAAGAAAUAUAUGUGGUGACUGAAUGGACCGAGAACUACGAUCUCGAAAAGUAUCUGCAUUCAAACGUAGAAAUUUCAUUGAAACAAAAAUUAAAAUUUGCAGAAGGUAUCGCAGCUGCGCUCACAUAUUGCCAUAAAGCUGAUAUCUUUCAUCAUGAUGUUAAAAG